CUCUUUGAAAUGAGUGUGACACAGAGAAAUUUAAUUUAGAGAGCAAAGUAGCUUCUUCUUCUUCCCCACUUCACACAAGGGAAUUUUUGAAUUGAGAGAUUUUAAUUAAUUAUUCCAAAACCAACAUUCAACCAUGCCACACAGUCCUUUAGUUUUCACCUUUGGAAUUCUAGGUAGAGUAUGCAAGAAGAAAUCAACAGAAGGAUUCCAAUCAAUUCCAUAUGUGGCAGCACUCUUCAGUGCAAUGCUUUGGAUCUUCUAUGCCUAUGUCAAAACCGGAGAAACUCUUCUUAUCACAAUCAAUGCAUUUGGUUGUGUCAUUGAGACUAUUUACCUUGCCAUUUUCAUCACUUACUGCCCCAAGAAAGUUAGGAUGUCCACAUUGAGAAUGAUUCUAUUAUUGAACUUUGGAGGAUUUUGCACAAUUGUUCUAUUAACACAUAUCCUAGCAAAAGGAGCAAACCGUCUCAAGCUUCUUGGAUGGAUUUGUGUUGUCUUUGCCACUAGUGUUUUUGCAGCACCUUUGAUCAUCAUUAGGACGGUUAUCCGAACCAAAAGCGUGGAGUUCCUUCCUUUUCCUCUUUCUCUUCUUCUUUUUAUUAGCGCAAUCAUGUGGCUAUUGUACGGCAUCUUCCUCAAAGACAUUUACGUUACGCUCCCGAACAUUGUGGGGUUAACAUUUGGAACGGUUCAAAUGGUUCUCUAUGCAAUGUAUCGAAAUAAAAAACCGGUUCAAGAUGAGAAGCUACCAGAACACAAAGCUGCCGACAUUGAAAACAACAUCGAAGAAAGCGUCGAAGACGAGAAGAAAAAGCAGAAGGAGGAGAAAAAACGCGAUAUUGAGAAAAUAGAAGUAAUAGUAAAAAACAUAGAAAUGAAAGAAACAAAAGAAGAAAAAGAAGAAGAGAAGAAUGAAGAUUCGUCUUCACAAAAAGAAAACAACCAAACAGAAGUUAAGGACAAGAAUGACAACAAUAACAACAAGUCAUGAAGUGAAUAGUAUAGAGAGUUUGGAAUUAUUAAGGGUGCCUCUAGCUUCAAUAUGAUUAAGAUCUUCUUCUUCUUCUCUAUGAUGAUGAUGAUGAUGAUGAUGAUGAUCUCUCUCAUCUAUGUUCUUUUCUUGUUGUGGGGUUCUUCAAUUUACGUGUAAAAUUGUGAAACGCUUAAAACAAAAUUAAAAGCUAAGGGGUAGUAUGGGACUAUAUGCCUCUUGUAGAUA